AUGCCGUCAGUGAGUGGGUUUGACGUGGCCCGGGGUGUAGGGUCAGGGUCGCUGCAGCAGCAACAACAGCCACAACAGCCACAACAGCCACAACAGCCGCAACAGCCGCAACAGCCGCAACAGCCACAACAGCCACAACAGCCGCAGCAGCCGCAGCAGCAGCAGCAGCAGCAGCAGCAGCAGCAGCAGCAGCAGCAGCAGCAGCAGCAGCAGCAGCAGCAGCAGCAGCAGCAGCAGCAGCAGCAGCAGCAGCAGCAGCAGCAGCAGCAGCAGCAGCAGCAGCAAUGGCAGCAAUCAACACAGUUCACACCUUCCCAGCAGCAGAUGAGGCCUCCCCAACAGCAAGAAACACCUCCUCAACAGCGCAGGUGCAAUGACUUUGCCUUGAUUAAACGCUCUUCACUGGGCAACGGUCGUCUUCCUACUCUCCCUCCGUUCCUCCCUCCAUACCUCCACAUUCAGCCCCCUUUUGCCCUCUCCUGGCUGCAAAUCCCCCUCGUCCUCCCCCACUCCCCCCCCGCCUCCUUCCCCCGCUCAUCCCCUCCCCCUUCCCCCCCUUUCCUCUCUUCCCUCUCACGCACACGUGCACAAGCAGCACUGCACUUCUUCUCGGCGGCUCAUGAACGCCCAGGGCGUGCCUUUCUCCACGGACGAGCUGCUGCUGCUGCUGCUGCUGCUGCUGCUGCCUUGAGUCAGGCUAGUCAACAGCCUAAACCCUCCCUCCCUUCACCCGUACCGCCCCAUCACAGGCGGCUGGUUAAUGCUCAGGGCGUGCCGCUCUCGACAGACGAGCUGCUGCAGCGACUGGCGUCCCCCUCGGACCUGCAGGCCACCAUCGCCGCCCUGCAGGGGCCGCUGGGCCACGUUGACCUCGCUGCCCUCUCCUCCUCCGCUGCUGCCCUCGCUGCUGCUAUCCUCGGGAACCUUCAGAUACCUCUUCCUCCUCCUGCUGCUGCUGCUGCUGCUGCUGCUGCUGCUGCCACGAGUGGUGCUGUGCUGGACUGGGAUCAGCAGCAGGCAGGCUCGGGGGGACUCCCCCUAUGCCUCCCAUUCCGCCUUCCCCUGGAGGCAGGAGGACUGGCGCAGGGGGAGUGGGGAGAGGAGUGGGGGCAAGUGGAGUGA